ACAUGUUGGGCCCGGGGUGCUCACGAGAGAGAGAGAGAGAGAGUUUAGUGAAGUGGUAGAGGAAACAACAGCGCCGAUCUGACCCGAUGUCCACGAAAUGAAAAGAGCUUUGUUAUUUGCUCCGUCCUCUUUAGUGAUGCUACAGAACAGAAAGGAAUGGAUAAAAACAUUGGAGAGCAGCUCAAUAAAGCUUAUGAAGCAUUCCGUCAGGCAUGCAUGGAUAAAGAUUCUGCUGUAAAAGAACUGCAGCAAAAGACUGAAAAUUAUGAACAGAGAAUACGAGAACAACAGGAAAAGCUGUCGCGUCAACAGUGCAUUAUUGACAAGCUGAAGUCUGAGUUACUUCUUGCAAAUUCUGGGAGAGAUACUACCCAUGGCUAUACUCCCCUGCUUGAAGACAGCGAAACAAAGAAAAAUGACGUCCCUCUCAAUUUGACACUAGAUCAGCUGAAACCAGAAAUUCCAAGAGAAAAACAUUUAAAGGAACAGUUGGAAAAUGACAGCAAUAAACUGAAACCAAUUGAGGGAGAGAGUAAUCUUAAGGAAAAGAAGCUGGAGAUGAUUCUUUUGCAUAAAGAAGAAGAAAUAAGAUUUCUGAGAAGUGUAUUGCGAGAAAAGACCGAAAGGCACAAUUGCCAACAGGUGCAUACAUGUGAUGUGGAGGUAAGAAGACCAGAAGUUUCUUCUUCACCCAGACAGGAAGUGUCUCCAGGAAUUCCAAAUGUUCUUACAUCACAUGAAAGGGCAGAUUUGGAGAAGACUUUCUUGGAGAUGAAGGAAGAAUUGCAUCGGAUAUGCAUGUUAACAAGAACGCAGACCGACCAUCUGAGCAAAUUUAACCUCAAAAACGAAACUGCCAGAGAAAUACAGUUCUCCAUGCCUAUACAGUGUACUGAUAAAACUGAUGAACAAACAGAAGAGCUUUUUAAACCUCAGGUUAAAAAUAAUAUGAUUAGAGGCGCUUCAUGCAUCACAUCUAUUACACCGAGAGGACUGGGCCAAGAUGAGGAAGACAACUCUAUAGAAUCACUUUCUAAAUUUAACAUCAAGUUUCCACCUACAGACAAUGACUCUGCCUUCUUGCACAGCACUCCAGAAAAACCCAAAGUUCUCGAUGCAGCACCAAGAACUGAGACACUGCGUCAAGACAAAUUUGACAUGAAACGGAGGGAUGUGGCUCUGAACUACGGUGAAUCGGAAAGUACUUCGUUUGAAAUUCAUGGAAUUGAUCCCAUCACCUCAGCCGUACAAAACCUUACAACUACUGACAAAACAAAACUCCCAAAUCAUGUAAAUAUACCAAAUGCCCCGGAUAAAACUCAGGGUUUGCCAACUGGAACCCAUAACCCCAUAUAUGUAAAUACAUUCCCACUUCAAGAUACAUCUGAAGUCCUUUUUCCCUCAUUAGAACCCCCAGGAAGAGCUAUCCGAGGACCACAGCAGCCCCUCUGGAAGCCCUGCCCAAAUCAAGACAAUGAUUUAUUGGCACAAAGUGGUACAGACGCAGAACUGCACAUACCUAGUAGAGUAUGUGAAUUCUGUCAAGCGGUUUUCCCACCAUCUAUUACAUCCAGGGGGGAUUUCUUCCGGCAUCUUAAUUCGCACUUUAAAGGGGAGUCAUAAGACAUAUUUUAAGUUAGGUCUGCUGAAUUUCAUGCAAUGAUUUUGAUUUCAGUUCUAUAAAUACUUGAUUGUAAAUUUAGAUACCUGUGAAUUGUUCUAGAAUUAAGAAAAUGUUUAUAUCAAAUUUCUAGUCUCAAAAUUUUUCUUGCAAUUGCUUAAUUUGAAUUUUUUAAGGUGCAGUUGUAUUUUUCUUAUAACCUUUUACCAAAGAUCAUCCCCUGCAAACUGUAAUUCAGUGUAUUCAUGUUUACGGUGUCAUUACCAUAAACCGAAAUUAUAUAUGAUGUAAUUUAGACAGUGGUAUUACCCGUGAAAUUAGAUAUUUGCCUUACAUUUUAAAUCUGAGCAUAUUGUUUAGAUUAUUAGUUCAAUAUUUUCCAAUUUGGAAAUGACAAGCAUUUAAUAUAAGGGACCAUUUGGAUCACAAGAUGUGGAAUAUCUUAUCCUGAAGGUAAGGGUUUAAACCAUUCUACACUUGGCAGAAAGCAGACCUCACAAAUACCAAAAGUAAAAUAAAUUUGACAUGUAUUGCCAGUGACAAGAUUUGUCACUUGGACCUACCUGUAGGAUUGUUUUAUCGAUUUGUUCUAAAUGUGUUACUCGAUCGAUUUUAAUUUGGAUAAAUAUGUAAAAGCUAGCUAGUAUAGUGGUAGCAGUUUGACUUGUCUGGGUGUAUACGUUUGGAAAUGCAUUAUUAAAUAUAAAACUUGUUUCCUUAAAUUAUGUGACGAAUGACAA